AUGAGUGUGGAGACCUGUUACCAACCGAAACAGUCCGACGCAAAUUCUCACCUCUACGAUCAGAUUGCGACAAAGACGUCGGGUGGCCUAGAAUGUUUCCCAACCUCUUGGUGUGUGAUGGAGAAGCACUCUGCCAAAACAACUCACUUCAUCCUCCAGCCUUUUAGACAGCUCUUAGGUGUUGACAACAUUCGUCUGAUGGAAUUGCCAUACGCAGCUCUAAAGUGCCACCUUCUAUUUGGAUGCGGCCAGGCCUCGAGUCAACUGGCUCAGGCUCGCUUGAAUUGGGGAGCUCGUGUACACGAGAGCGUGAUUGGCCCAAUGAAGAGGAUUGCAGAUGCAACUGGCCCGAACAGCGAGAUGGCACGAGCUAGACGGCAGGCGUGGCGCGCUGGUGGGGAGUUGCGUUCGGUCAGCGAACGAGCAGCACGUGCUACUACCUCAUCAGCCAGUUCCCAAGGCAAUGCAAAUGAUGAGACUCAAUCACCAGACGGCUCUGAGGGAAGCCGGGAGAAGGCUUUGCGCGAACUCUUUAAUUUUGAGACGGUCUCCACACUGGAAUGUUCGCAGGCCCUUGUGGAGAUGGUGGAGAUUUCGGCUGCCUACCAUCGCACCUGCGCUGCCAUUUUGGAGGACUUGGCACCUCUCCUGCGAACCGAACUGGAUGAUCAGUGCCCUCUGCCCGUGUAUGGACGCAGUCUUGAGACGCAUUUGGCUGUGACCCACUCAAAGAUUGCCUACCCUCUGAGGCAGUGCAUUCGGGCUUUGAACAACCCUAAGGCUCUUUGUGAAGAAGUGAGUGACUUGACAGUAACUUCAAUUUAA